AUGAAGUGCCUUUAUUGGAACAUUAGGGGUGUGGCUAAUGCUCCUUCUAGAUUAUCCUUGAAGAGAUUGAUUAAGCUCCACAAUCCUGAUUAUAUUUUCAUAGCGGAGCCGAAGCUGGAUUUCGCUAAUUUCCCUACCAAUUGGUUUCAUAGAUUAGGUUUCAAACCGUUCUCGGUCAACAAUGUGGUGCACCCCUCCCUUUGGGGUUUCUGCAACUUGGAUCUUUGUCCUAACAUUAUUGCUGAAUCAGAUCAAUUUCUCGCGUUCUCGUUCUCUUUUGAUAACGUUUUGAUGGCUGUAGCGGUUGUUUAUGCUUCUACAAAUAUCAUUCAAAGGCGGGAGCUGUGGAAAGACCUCAAUGAUCUGCAAUCUGCUCACAAUUUGCCUUGGUCUUUUUUUGGCGAUUUCAAUUCUAUUAUUGGUGCUCAUGAGCAUAGAGGGAGGAAUAGUCCUUCCAAGAAGCCCAUGGCAGAAUUUAAAGAUUGGUCUGAUUCUAAUCAUCUCGUUCAUUUCCCUACCAUUGGCGCUAAGUUUACUUGGUCCAAUAAGCGUGAUCCACCGAUGACGGUUGAAAGAAGACUGGAUAGGUGCCUUGGGAACCUCCUUUGGAUUGAUUCUUGCAGCAAUCUGUCAGUGUCUACCUUAGCCAAAGUCUGCUCCGACCACUAUCCGCUUCUGUUUGAAUUUCACAUUAAUUGCAGUAGGUCUAUCAAUCAGUUUAAAUUCUUGAGUGCGUGGACAGUUCAUGAUCAAUGUAGGAAUCUUAUUGAGUCGACGUGGUCCCAGGAGAUUAUUGGUUGCCCUAUGUUUGUGCUUAGCAAAAAGCUUCAGCUUCUGAAACGGGAUCUUAGAGGAUGGAAUAGAAAUGUUUUUGGGAACGUCACUAACAAUGUUAAAGCUGCAGAGGAUAAUCUUCUUUCUGUCCAAGAUCGUAUACAGCAGGAAGGUAUCAGCGAGGUACUUAAAAAACAAGAGAUGGAAGCACAAACAAGCCUAACCAAGGCUUUAGUCAUAGAGGAACACUUCUGGAAAGGGAAAGCCAGAGUCAAGUGGCAGCUCGAGGGGGAUCGCAACACGGGCUAUUUUCAUCGAAUAUCCAAAAUUAAACAAAAGUUUCGGCCUAUUUCUAUGUUGAUGAACGGAGAAACACUGCUCACUGAUACUAAGGAUAUAGCGGAGAAUGCUAUGUUGACGCUGCUCCCUUCUAUGGAGGAAAUUAAGGCUGCAGUUUUUAGUCUGAACAAAGAUAGCGCCCCUGGCCCGGACGGUUUUGGAGCUGUUUUCUACCAAACAUAUUGGGACAUUAUCAAAGGUGACGUGUCAAAGGCGGUUCUUCAAUUCUUUGAUUCCGGCUGGGUGCUGCCCGGUUUCAACUCUAACACCAUCAUUCUUAUCCCUAAAGUCUCGGGAGCUAAUUCUCUUGAUCAAUUUCGGCCAAUAGCAGUUUCCAACUUCAAAUUCAAAAUAAUUUCCAAGAUUAUCGCAGAUAGGCUAGCGGCUAUUAUGUCUUCUCUUGUGUCUACGGAGCAAAGGGGUUUUAUCCAUGGUAGACAUAUCCAUGACUGCAUCGGUUUGGCUUCGGAGGCCUUCAAUAUGCUGGACUCUAAAGCUUGGUGUGGAAAUUUAGCUUUCAAGGUGGAUAUAGCAAAGGCUUUCGAUACUCUUGACUGGAGCUUCUUGCUGAAAGUUCUUCAUCAAUUCGGUUUUAAUAAUAUUUUCUGUGAUUGGAUUAGCAGUAUUCUCAAGUCGGCAAAUCUAUCAAUCAAUAUUAACGGUGCUCUUAGCGGUUAUUUCAAGUGCUCUCGCGGUGUUAGGCAAGGAGACCCGCUGUCCCCGUUGCUCUUUUGCCUCGCUGAAGAGGUUCUUAGUAGGCUGCUGCAGAAUCUCGUCUCCUCCCAUAAGCUAGACUUAAUCAAAGGGCCUAACAACUCACAGGUUCCGUCUCACAUUCUGUACGCGGAUGACGUGCUCAUUUUUUGUAAAGGAGCGAUGUCGGUUUCUAGGCUGAACAUCCUGGCUGCGUUAUCCGGUUUCAAAUUAGGUUCUCAUCAUUUCUCUUACCUUGGCGUCCCGAUUUUCAAAGGUAAACCGAGGGCUGCCUUUUUACAGCCUUUAGCCGAUAAAAUCAUCACAAAGUUGUCUUCUUGGAAAGGCUCCCUCUUGUCUUUUGCAGGAAGGGUGGAGUUAGUAAAGUCCACUAUUCAAGGAAUGCUAACUCAUAGCAUGUCGAUAUAUUCGUGGCCCAUUUCUCUUAUUCGUCGUAUUGAGAAAGCGAUUAAGUGCUUCAUUUGGAGUGGUGAUUCCUCCAAAAACAAAGUGGUUACUGUUGGUUGGAGCUCUAUGUGUCUUCCUUUUAAUGAGAGAGGGCUUGGAUUGAGAUCGAUUUUUAAGCUUAAUGAAGCCUCGAAUUUAAAGUUGGCUUGGGAUCUCUUUUCGUCCACGGAAUCUUGGGCUGUCCUCAUGAGGCAGCAUGUUUUGCGGAAGAAUAAGGUCAUAAAGCAUCACAUUUUCUCUUCCAUUUGGUCUAGCGUUAGGUCGGAGGUGUCCAUUGUUUUUGCUAAUUCUUUGGGGUGCCUUGGAGAUGGUGCGGAUAUUAGUUUGUGGUUUGAUCAUUGGUGUGGUGUGCCGCUGUCUUGUAGUAUGGCUGAUCCGGAGUCGAUUAUCGAUCAAAAUGUCGGCAGCAUCAUAGUUGAUGGUAAGUGGGACUUCUCUAAAGCUGUGACUCCUAUUCCUCCUAAUCUGCAGCUGCAAAUAUCCAAGUGUUUCAUUCCCAUUGUUAAUCGACAUGAUACGAGAGUUUGGAUACAUUCUCAGUUUGGAGAUAUGUCUGCCAAGACAGCCUAUGAGUUUAAGCGGACAAAAGGUGACCAGAAAGAGUGGUGGAGGUGGAUUUGGUCCAAAUCAAUCCCUCCAUCCAAAUCAAGUUUGGUUUGGAGACUCUUGCACCGAAAGGUGCCUACGGAUGAGCAAUGGAGACGUAGGAAUUUCGCUAUGGCCUCCAAAUGUGUCUUAUGUAGUGCGGCAGAAGAAACGGAUCAGCAUCUUUUUUUCGACUGCUCUUAUGCCUCUUAUCUGUGGAAUUGGUAUCAAACGAUGCUCAAUCUUCCUCUCCCUAUCUCCGGAUGGUCCGACCUUUGGAGUAUUUGUCGAAAGUCUUAUGCUGCCAAACGGAAAACGGUUUCGAUAGGUGCUUUCAUCUCCAUCUUGAACACUAUCUGGAUGGCAAGGAAUAAGGUUAGAUUUCAAAACAAUUUUUGCUCUGUUUUUUCUUCCAUCUCCUACAUUACUGCUGCUGUCUCUUUGGCUGGGAAUAGUUCUGUUGCUUCCUCUUUUGUUAAUAUGGAUGAUUUCAUGAUUAUUAAAAAGUUCAAUGUCGCUAUCCGUCCGCCCAGAGCGCCGAAUAUAGUGGAGGUUAUUUGGAAGCCCCCUCCUCGAGGUUGGAUUAAAAUUAAUUGUGACGGUGCCGUUAUUUCUUCGGGUUUAUCUGGUUGUGGUGGGAUUGGUAGAAACAGUGACGGUGUUUUUUUGGGAGCUUUUGCUUCUUCUUUGAGCGGUGCCAACUCUCUCACGGCCGAACUCCUCGGUGCUAUUCUUGCAAUUGAGUUCGCCUUUGAGAGAAAUUGGAAAAACAUUUGGCUGGAAACGGACUCGACGGCCGUAGUCAAAGCGUUCUCUUCUCCGCUUAAAGUCCCUUGGCAGAUUCGGAAUAGGUGGCUGAAUUGUAUAGAUAUUGUUUCUAGAUGGAAUUUCAUGGUUUCUCAUAUCUUUAGGGAAGGGAAUAGUUGCGCGGAUGCUCUCGCUAAUCUUGGGUUAUCCUUAUCUGAUUAUACUUGUUUUUCUUCCAUACCCUCCUUCUUAAGGACCGAUUUUGUUAAGAACCGGCUCGGUUUGCCGUUCUUUAGGUUUGUGACUUAUUGA